AUGAAACCAGAAUGUAAUGGGACUACAUUACCGCCAUGUAUAUAUAAUAAUACACAAUAUAAUCAGUUCCACACAUCAAUUGGGAUACAAUGUUAUGAACCAAAAGCAGUAGGAUCUGUCACUAGUAGUAUUUAUGUUUAUGGCUAUAAGGGUGGAUCUACUAGUCUGGAAGAUCAAUUUGCUCAAGCACAGAAAUCAUCAGGAUAUAUAUCCCAUAAUAUUACCAGAGGAGAAAAGCCUACUACUGUUUGUUUUGAUGCAUGUUUGGCAAUUGAUAAAGGACAAGGGUGGGGAUCCGCUGGAGUGCCUUGUGGAGGACAAUCAUGGGAACAAUCAUAUAUCCAAUACCAUAAAUAUUUAUUUACCCGCUCAACAGCUUCCUCAUAUGGAGGCUAUAGACAACCUAGUGCGUAUUGGUAUACGAGCGGUCGGGGACCUAAUAAUUUUAAUCUCUCCAUCACCCCAGCUAGUACUGAUUGUCGAUCUCAUCACUGUACACCUAUUUGCCUUUCUGCUCAUGUAGCAGGUACUUUGGGUACCCGGUACUAUCAUUAUGGUAUUGGUAUAGAUAAAACAGGGAAGGAUCCUUAUGGAUAUAUUCUUGUAAAAACUGAAGCCACAAAAUUAACAAAUCAGCCUGUAAAGUUCUUUUGGAGUUAUGAACAGGAAAUUGAAAAACUUAAUGACCUACCUACACCCCCAAGAGCAAAAAAUAUGUUUAUCAACUUAGCUCAAGAAGUUGCUAGAGAGCUUAUGUUGAAGAAUUGUUUUGUUUGUGGAGGUACUACUAUGGGAGAUCGCUGGCCAUGGCACGUACAAGAAGCAAAUUAUACUGAAAUAGCACAAUGGCAUGGGAAUUUUACCUUUAAUAAUAAAUUUAAUGAGACAUGGCAAGUUACCUCACAUAUUGUUGGCCAAAUAUGUUAUACUAGAAAUAAGAAUAACCAGACCAAUAGAAAUAAACCUAUGGGAUUUUUGAAAUGUUCAAAUGAAUGGGAAAAUAAUACUUGGAUUUCACAAACUAAUAUGACUCAACCUGAAAACUCGUUAAUAAAUUUGACUAAAUUACAGGGAAUUUCGGACCCUGAAAAUGAUACCAUUGAAUGGAAUUCACCGGAUGGAUUGUAUUGGAUAUGUGGUAAUUUUGCUUAUAAUAUGUUACCUGCAGGAUGGUAUGGGUCAUGUAUUCUGGGUGCCAUUCAACCUUCAUUCUUCCUAAUUCCGAUAGAGAAAAAACAAAAAUUAGGAAUACCUGCAUAUGACACCCUUGAAAGACGUAAACGUUCAGUAAAUCUUUCCAAAGGGACAAAAAUAGGAAAUUGGAAGGAUGAUGAGUGGCCCCCAGAAAGAAUUAUUGCAUAUUAUGAUCCUGCAUCAUGGGCACAAGAUGGCUCAUGGGGCUAUCGCACACCAAUAUAUAUAUGCUUAAUAGAAUUAUUAGAUUACAAGCUGUGUUAG